CCGCCGAGCCGCGCCGAGCCGCGCCGGGCCGGGCCGGGGGUCCGAGCCGAGCCCAGUCGGUGGGGCCGAGCCGUGCCGAGCGGUAGGAUGAGGGGCAUCCUCUGCUUCUGCACCCUGAUCCUCCUGGAAGGCAUGGCAGAAGCUGUCGGCUCGAGCAGGGACUGCCUGCAAGCAGGCGAGUCCUGCACCAACGACCCCGUAUGCAGCGCCAAGUUCCGGACGCUCCGGCAGUGCAUCGCGGGCAAUGGCGCCAACAAGCUGGGCCCCGACGCCAAGAGCCAGUGCCGGAGCACCGUGACGGCCCUGCUCUCCAGCCAGCUCUACGGCUGCAAGUGCAAGCGGGGCAUGAAAAAGGAGAAGCACUGCUUGAGUGUCUACUGGAGCAUCCACCACACGCUGAUGGAAGGCAUGAAUGUUCUGGAGAGUUCCCCUUAUGAGCCGUUCAUCAGGGGCUUUGAUUACGUCCGGCUGGCAUCCAUCACUGCAGGCUCUGAGAACGAGGUGACGCAGGUGAACCGGUGUCUGGACGCCGCCAAAGCCUGCAACGUGGAUGAGAUGUGCCAGCGGCUGCGGACGGAGUACGUCUCCUUCUGCAUCCGGCGCCUGGCCCGGGCCGACACCUGCAACCGCUCCAAGUGCCACAAGGCUCUGCGCAAGUUCUUCGACCGCGUGCCCCCGGAGUACACCCACGAGCUGCUCUUCUGCCCCUGCGACGACACGGCCUGUGCCGAGCGGCGGCGGCAGACCAUCGUCCCCGCCUGCUCCUACGAGGCCAAGGACAAGCCCAACUGCCUGGCGCCUCUGGAUUCCUGCCGGGAAAACUACGUCUGCAGGUCGCGCUAUGCAGAAUUCCAGUUCAACUGCCAGCCGUCCCCGCAGGCUGCGAGCGGCUGCCGCAGGGACAGCUACGCUGCUUGUCUGCUGGCCUACACCGGCAUCAUCGGCAGCCCCAUCACCCCCAACUACAUCGACAACUCAACGUCCAGCAUAGCUCCCUGGUGCACCUGCAAUGCCAGCGGGAACCGGCAGGAAGAGUGUGAGAGCUUCCUGCACCUCUUCACCAGCAACAUCUGUCUCCAAAACGCCAUUCAGGCCUUUGGCAACGGGACUCACCUGAACACAGCUGUGGCCCCGUCCAUCCCCCCCACCACACAGAUGUACAAGCAGGAGCGAAAUGCCAACAGAGCUGUGGCAACCCUCAGAGAGAACAACUUUGAGCACCUCCAGCCCACCAAGGUGGCUGGAGAGGAGAGGCUCCUGCGUGGCUCCACUCGUUUGUCCUCAGGGACCUCCAGCCCAGCAGCCGCUUCCUGCUGGGCAGCCUCUCUGCUGCAGAUGUGGCUUCUCAUCGCUCCUGCUGUGCUGAGCCUCCCUGUGAUGUGAGGCAGGGCAGGCACACACCAGGCAGAGACUCAAUUUGUGUUGGUUUCUUUACUGAACAACCAGGCCAGUAACUUUUUCAGGAGGAGGGCAGGGAGAAGGGAGGGGAAGGGAAGGUGAGGUGAGUGUUUGGGCAUCCCUUCCUCUUCCUCAUCUGUCUGCCAGUUCAUUUGAUUUUAUAUGAUCAGCAUUGUUGACAGCCGGCUCAUUCUUGGUCCUGGCCACCUUUCCACACCACAGCUUGGUUGUUGUUUCUCCAGCUCUCUAGGAUAGAGUUGGAGCCAUGGACAAUUCCCUUGGAAAAGAGGAAGGAGAGAGUUGAUCCAAGAAAUGAGAGCUGCAAAGGAAAUGCUUUUUCCUGCCCCAGCCAAGAGGGGAAAGACUUUUGAUGGAUGGAUGAAUGGAUGACCUGCCAGGAGGUUUCCUGAAGCCCUGACUCACACUGAGGGGCUCUUGACAGGACAUGUCAAGUGAUGUGGAGUUCAGACUGUCUCCAGGGUUGCUCAGGACCUGAAGGACAACCCAUCUGGUUCCUUCAGACUGAGGCAACCAGAGCACUGGUGAGAAGGUGGUUGGUUUUGUUCACUGGAGAGGAGCCUGAAGCCCCUCUGGGGAAGUCCAAGUAACCAUGCUCUGAACUGCCUGGCAGGGAUUAUCCACCCUCUCACAACCAUGGCCAGAGUGCAACCAGCAUCCAUGUCCCAGCUGUCACCUGCCCCUCGGGCCCUCCUUCUUAGGGAAACCUGUGUCCUGUAUUGAUGGUAUUCAGGAGGAAACAUGUGUGUUGCAUUUUGUUUACGGCUGAAUUUUUGGUGUCCCAACCCAAGCAUCUCUAUCCGCUGGUCUUGUACAGUGUUUGGGGCAGUUUUUGUCACACCCAAACAACCAGAGACCAGUAUUGUCCCACUCCAUUGACCCUUUCUCCAUCAGGGGUCAAUGCAUCAGCCCGUGGGCAGGAUUUGAAGUGAGCCCAACACAUCCCACUCUCACAUGCUACCUGUUCAUCCACUGGUCUCAUAGGCAGAAGGUCUUCAGCCAAGGGAUUUCAUUAGUUUUCCUAGGCAGAGAUAGGAUAGGAGAGGUUUGCUGGAUACCACCCUGAAGAGAGAAAUAUCCAGCCAAGAAAGGCCAAGUCAUGAAUUAUAUCAUGGGUAGGGACUGGAUUGUUACAGUUUGCUCUCCUAGAAGAACUGGCUGAGGCAACCACCUGUGUCCAGGUGAGCAGGUGAAGGGCUUUGCCUCUUGCCAGGUUCUGGUUUUUCAGUCAAGAUGUCAUUUAAGCAAAGUGACCCUUUCUACUGAGCUGCAACCCGAGCCCAGGGCAGGAAGGUGAAGACAAAUAUCUGUCUGGUGUCUUGGGGCACAGGGAGGCAGAUGUGUGACCUUGGACUACCUGAGCAUCCCAGGGUCUUUCCUCGAGGAGGUGAGCUGAGGAGUCCUAGUGCCCUCUUGGUGGGCUGAACCCCUUUACUGUGUUAAGCCAGGUAAGGAAGAGUGAGAAGGUUUCCCAGGAUUAGUGCUUACCCAGGCUGAGUGCCAUGGGAGGAAGAGCAAUAGCCCCAAAAUCCCCCUGAGUGUUUUUAGGCCUGGCCUUUGCAGCAGUCCAUUUAUUCCUUGGUUUGUGCUCCUCCAAUAAAUAUCAUUAAUUCCUUGGCAUUUGAAUGCAUGGAAAGGCUUAGGAAGCAUCUGACACAGCGAAGUCCAUUGCUUUUUAUUCCCAUUUCCUGCAAAACUUCUCCCAUUGUUUAUUGCUUCAGAUUUUGCUGAGAAACUGCAGCAACUUCCAUGGCUUUUGUUCCAACAAGAAACCUCUCUAGCUUUCAGUUGAACACCUGUGGAUGUGUCUGACAUGAACAGAAAUCCUCCUGCUGCAUCCUGUCCAAAGUGCUGCUCCUUGAGGUCCUCAGGGCUGUAGCACCCAGUUUUCCUGAUCCAAGGUUUUGUGAAGGAACACACCAAGGCUUGUAUGCAGGGUGACAAGCCACACCCCCAGCUAAAAGUUGUAUGUGAGGACUUCAUGGCCAAGGGGCUCACUCAGAUCAGGAAAGCAGACAAGGAGGGAGAGCUACAAGCAGGAAAGUCCUCUCAAAGUGCCCAUAUACGAGCACGGAGUUGCUGUGAACAUCUCCCCUUUAUCCAGGACAUCAGUGUCUUCUGAGAGACCAAGUGACACAACUACUGCCUGCAACUCUGCAAAACUUAUGUCCUCUGAGCUGCAGGUGGGAGAGGGAUGAAACCCUGAUUGCUCAGCCCUGCAAAGGCAAGGAACUACCUCAACACCACGAGGUCAUGCUGGGAAUCGUGUUCUUCUGCCCCUUUCCGGUCCUGUAGUCAUGCCCUGCUUUUCCACACAUCUGGCCCCAUCAAGCCAGUCUCCACCAGCUUUUAAUCAUGCACAGGCUGAGUGUCUGCACAGGAUGGGGAUACAAGUGUCAGCUGCUUUCCAGGAGCACCCACUCCUGUGUCUCUUAUAUGUCAGUGAUGUUGAAGUGCCACUUCGCCAUCUCCUUCUCAUUCAGCAGAGAAGGAGUUUUUCUGUGUGGUCAGGAUGCCUGGUGGCCCCACCUCACCUCUCCCUUCAGACUGGUGUGCUGUAAAAAAGAGGUGUGGAGAAUCCUACUGAAGGACUGGAUGGGAUGGAGGAAACCUCCAGAGGUUUCCUAGUGCCAAUACCAUGUCCCACAUCAGCGCCUAUUUUAACAAUUUCAGUGAGAGACAUCACCAUCUCCCCUGGAUUUAUAUCAUAGAAUCAUGAAAGGGGUUGGGUUAAAGCUCAUCUCGUUCCAGCCCCCCUGCCAUGGGCAGGGACACCUUCCACUAGCCCAGAUUUUUCCAAGCCCCAUCCAACCUGGCCUUGGACGUUUCCAGGGGUAUCUUACUUUCCAGACUCUGUAGAUGUUAGUUGUCUCUACGCAUCAGAGCCCAACAAGACCCUCAGUUCCUGUGUCCCAUCCUUCAAGCCGUGUCCCAGGCCAGGUCCUGCCCUCCUGGGGGUUCCCCAUGGUUCAGGGAUGCUGUGGAAGGAAGUGAAUGAGGCACAGAGCAAGGAGCCUCUCACCCAAUAGGAAAGAGUUGGGGGCUGGGAAUGAACAAAAAAAAAUUUAUCCCCAAACUUUCAUGGCUUUUUUCUGAUUAUUUCACCCUUUUUACCAGUAUUUAAUGUUGAUUCUCCCUCCAAGCCUGUUCAUGAAUCAAACUUUGCAAAAAAGGAUGACUUUUGAACCUUUCUUUUGGAGGAAGCAAACAUGAUUACUCUCCUCCCACUCACCAACAUGUGUGCACAGGCCACUGCUUUUUCCUUGUGAAAAGUCAGUAAUUUUUUUGGAUGAAAUUCCAUCUCUGCUGAAUUCUGUGAAGUGAACCAUGGAUCUUCAUUUUUAAGUCUCUUGAUUAACUACAGAAGUCAUAGCAGCUGCUUGUAAAGGCAAAGGACUGAGCGAGCCAAGAGACAGAAAGGGAGACAACAUUUUUUUAGGAAUUGCUCCAUUCCUGAGGACUUCCAUAAGCACAAAGAAGAAUCACGGGAAAAAGAAAGGAAAAAAACACUGUUAAAGAACCAGCCAGACUUUCUGUAGCCACUGAACUCUUAUUUUUUUGGCUGCACAGCACCACUGCCAGUGGUUUGGCAGCCCUGAGAGCCUGUGAAAUAUUGUGUAUGUACUUAUACUUGUCAUGUCGUCAUGUACAGCAUUGUCCAGGCGGGAGCAGGAGCUGGAGGGAGACCCAGGGCUGGGAGAUGGUGCUGGAGCAGGAGCCCCGUGUGUGCACCUGCAUGAGGGGAGGGUGGUGGAUGCCAGCCCAUACUGGGGUCAGACUUGUACUUGCCUUUUCUGUACAUGUCAAUAUUCAAACAUAUCCAUGAAUAAAGCACACACGCAUUUUCCUGA